AUGAAUGCAGCGUUACUCGCGUUCUCGGAAAAAAAUAGAGUUAAUCUGACGGAAACUAAUGCAGAAUCCCUUGCUUAUUCAUUACUUGCGGAUCUGUUCAAUCAGAAUGAAACAGCCGAACUGGUCGACCUUGGAUUUCAAUUAGAUAACAUGCUGCUCAGUUGUUCUUACAACGGCAUCGAAUGUUCGCAUGACUUCGUUCUUUCCAUUUCAUCAGUGUUUGGUAACUGUUUCACGUUUAAUUGGAAUGCGUUCAUGAAGAAAUUGUUCACAUUGGGCGAUAUGAACUCAACAUUAGUUAUUUUCCAAGGCUUAACGCUGACAUUUUAUGUACCAAGUCAGCUUAACUUUCCCAGUACGUUGUUUGACGAAGGCCUGGUCGUAUUACUACAUGACAAUGAUGAGCUUCCACGCACUACUGAGAAAGGAUUACGACUAAAACCUGGUCUCGCUCAUACAAUCAACUAUGAGAAAAGUCAAACGAUUUUUCUUCCAAAGCCGUACACGAAUUGCACGUCGUCGGUCGAGCUCGAUCUGAUCGCUCUGUACAAGACGAUGUUUAACUCAAUAGCUAUCGGUCAAGUUGCUUACUCAGAAGUUGUAUGUUAUCAGCUAUGUGAACAAGCCUUUAUCUUUUCUGUAUGCUCCUGCAUCCUUCCGAUACCAUUGUACACGCGAUAUGUCUUCAAUCGCGAGCAUGAUAAUCUUAUUUUUACCAACGUAUGUCACCCAUAUACUGAAGAGCAAACAUGUGCUCUGACUACCGCACAGAGAUUUGUGUCAAGUCCCACCACAAUAGCUGCUUGGUGUUCUCACUGUGUUUUACAGUGCACAUACACAUAUUUUCCCACUGAGUUGAGUGCUAACUUGGCGCCAACAACUGCACAGAAGGCAUAUUGGGCACCUAUUCUGCUCAGUAAUACAUCGAACUGGACCAAUUUGAGCUUACCAAAUGAUUUUGCAGCAAACUACGAUACCUAUAUGAGCUCGAAUUAUUUACGGGUGACUAUCACAUGCAGCAAGCGAUAUGUGACACUUAAUGUACAAGAAGCAAAGCUGACGAUUGUUGAUACAUUUGCAGCCAUUGGUGGUCAAACUGGACUGUGGAUCGGCUUGAGUGUACUGAGCUUCAUCGAAGUUUGCGAACUGAUUUAUUGGCAAACUGUAAAAUGGAUCCUCGCAUUUCGAAGUUGGCAUCAAGUCAAACCGAGUACCGAAAUCGAUUUGGAAAAGGUUGAAAGUUGCUCUGAUCAAGUUGAUACUAAGAAAUGA